AUGGAACCACAAGUGUUUAGGCUUUUAAUAAAUAUAGAUUGAUUAGAAUAAAAAAACUAAUUAUGUUAAGUAUUCUUAGCAAUUAGUAUAUCAUUAGUAAAUGUAUUUGUAAUGUUGUAUCUUUACUAGUUUUUUUUGAAAGAGUAUCUUUACUAGUUAGUUAGACGAGAAUAACAAUAAUAAGUAAAAAAAAUUAUUUUGAAAAAAUAAAGUUAUUAUUAACGUAAUAGCAGUGUCGUCCUGUUUUAUUUGAGGUUUUCCCAAAAGUAUUACAAAUGAAAAAUGUAUAGAAAAAAAAUGUGAAUAUUAGUUACUACGUACUACACAUAAAUAUUAUAGUCACUAUAAUAUAACAUUUGAAUAUAGUUAUAAAUGUGAAUAAAUUAUUUUGAAAAAAUAAAGUUAUUAGAUUAACGUAAUAGAAGUUUCGUCCUAUCACAUUUUUUAUCACUACUUUUAUUUUGGUUAUAUAUUUGUAGUUAUUUUAUUUUAAUUGGCAUGGGAUUCACUCGAUAAGGAAAAGACCAUCUAGUUAUACAUGUACUCCCUAUAAAACACAUUAAUUGGUUCAAGUGUGGUACAGUCUUUUUGCAUGCCCCUAGAAACCAACUUUUUUAAACCAACUUUUUUGGCAUAAAAAGAGUUAUUUAUUGGUGUGUCGUUUCUUAUGAUAAAAAUCUUUCACAUACAAAAACAGUUCUAUAGACCUUGGGAGGGGCCAAUAUUUAAUUUAAAAUUGCAGAAAUUAAAUACACAGUAUAUAUUUUUAAAAAGCAUUUGACUCUCAUAAAAAGACAUCAAUUAUUAAUUAAAUUGUCGUUUUUGGGCAGAAUUGAGUUUCUAGUUCUAGGCUUCUAGCUAAUAAAGAAAACAGGAGAAGUUGUACACCAAGCAAAAAAAUAGCUUUUUAAAAAAAACGUAUACAUUUCCUAAAGUCUAAAUUUAUGGAAAACUUUAGCCCAAAUCUGCGGGAGAAUAAAUAGCCUUUUCCCUCAACAACUCAAACCAUUCUCUCCUUUCCAGUGUCUCUCCCAUGGCAAGAAUUUAUCCCCAGACCUCAUCCUCCUCUUCUUCACCAUCUUCUUCAUCUUACAUCACCUCAAAGCGUGAGACGUUUACAGUGUGGAUGAAGUCUCUUGUCUUCCAUGGCAAUGGAUGCACUGUGUUUGACUCCAAUGGUGAGAUUGUCUACAGGAUUGAUAACUACAACAGAAAAUGCAGCAGAGAAGUUCAUCUCAUGGAUCUCCAUGGCAGAGUACUCUUCUCUAUCAGACGAAAGAAAUUUUCAGUUUUUGGACAAUGGAAUGGCUAUAGAUGCAACAACAGUGAAGUGGAUUGUGAAGAAGUACUAUGCUUUCAAGUUAGGAGAAGUUGGAACGUUUUGGGAGGAGACUCGAAUAGCUACUAUGUCAAUCCAGCUUCAGAUCAACCACAAGAGAACUGUUAUGAAAUCAUUGCAUUACCUGGAAAAUCUUCAUUCAAGAUUGUCAAUAGAACAAGAGUAAUAGCAGAGGUGAAACAAAAGCAGGAAAAAUCUGGAGUUGCUUUUGGGAAUGAUGUGCUAACUUUGAUGGUAGAGCCUCACUGUGAUCAUUCUCUAGUUAUGGCUCUUGUGACAGUCUAUGGAUUGAUUAACAAAAAACUAUGAAAGAGAUUCUGUACUCAUUUAUACAUUUAUUUCGACAAAUACAGUGUAUAUGUGAAGGAAACUUACAUGAUUCAAAGGAUAGUAGCGUACACUGUUUAGAUCCUAAAGAAAUUCUAACCAAUUAUUUUCUUGUCUUCAAGAGCAUAUGGCAUCGUUUGGAUUUACUGAGAGUUUCA